AUGAGAAUCGAAUCUAGGCCUGCAGCCGGAGUCGCCGCAUCUGAAAAUCUAGGCAUGCAUCUCGCCGCCGACUACCCCAACCGCGGCGGUGGCCGCCUCGGCCUAGGGCCAUUCGCGGCUGCCGUGCUCCGCACCGAUAACCGUCGCCGUGCGAUUGCAGGCGGCGCGGUCCUCGCCUCGGCGCUGCUUCUCGUGGCCACACCACGCCUCCGCCACUCGCCGGCGCUCCACCUCUUCGCCGACAUGCGCAACCUCCUCGGCGUGCCCAACACCCUCAACGUGCUCACCGCCUACCCGCUUCUCCUUGCUGGAGUACCAGGACUUAUCCUUUGCCUCUUCGGCAGCGGAUGCUUCGGCAUAAGCUUAAGGUGGGAGGCCUUGGGAUGGUUCCUCUUCUAUGCAGGGAAUGUAGGGGCAGCAUUUGGCUCAGCUUACUAUCACCUCAAGCCAGAUGAUGACCGGUUAAUUUGGGACAGGUUGCCGAUGAUGAUGUCGGCCUCCUCGCUUUUGUCGAUAUUGGUAAUUGAAAGAGUUGAUGAGAGGGCUGGAUUAUCUUGUUUGAUCUCGCUCUUGUCUCUUUUAUUGGUGAGCAGUGUGUGUGAAAGGAUUCUUGAUGAUAUGCGCCUGUGGGUAGUUUUAAACCUGGUUCCUUGUGUUGCAAUUCCUGCACUGCUAUUCUUGUUCCCGCCAAAGUAUACACACUCAAGAUUUUGGUUUCUUGCUACAGGCUUUUACCUUCUGGCAAGAUUUGAAGGCCUUGCCGACAGAAAGGUUUACAGUGUGAAUAGAUACUUCAUUAGCGGCCAUUCCUUGGAGCACCUUUGUUUCGCCAUGGUUACAUUGAUACUUAUUGUGAUGCUAUCCUUCAGAAAUAUUAAGAUCACCAGGGACUCGUGA